CGAAUUCAGCUCUGCGCAUGCGCACGAGCCCGCUGGCAACUGCUCAAACGAACCUUUACAGAAUUUCCUGAGAUAUUCAUAAUCAAGUAUACCUGUUACCUACCUUAGUGUUGUUAAGGGGAAGCGUUUACUUGCCUCUGAAUGAGAAAAAGUUUGUGAUAUGUGUGAAAGUAUUUUUCAGUGUUUAACUCUGUUUAAUUGAAAAAUUUGGCAUUUGUAUAGUGCGAAGAGUGAGCGUGAAUAGCUAUAUAGGAAAGCUUUGACUGUCGUUCGAAUCAACAGGCUUGUAAGAACAUGCUGCUAGGGAAGACAUGGAGCCAAAAGUUAAGCGACUGAAACCGCAUAUGGCAUCUCAGUUCCCAGCUGGGCCGCCUCUGCAAGCCAGUGCAAUGAACGCAGCCCAGAGGUCGUCAUUUGUUGCUGGUCAACCAAUCACAAUCCACACAGCUUCACAAGGCACGUAUCCAUAUGCGCAUUGGGCCAAUGCUGCCACUGGUUCACCUCUUGUGCAGUGGGCAAAUGCUGCUACUGGCACCCCUGUGAUUCAGCGUGCUCGUGCUGCUUCUGGGCCAACAGUCAGACAUCGACCGGAUGCUGCGACGGCUGCUGGUCCACCUCUAAUACGUCGAAACACCACUGUACAAUCCAGAUUAUGCCAGAGUGUUACGAACAGGUCUGGCACAUCCAACUGCUUGCCGCCACUGUCUCAGACUUCUAGUGCAGCUGGACUGCCUCUCAUAAAGUGCACUGCUGCAGGAUCACCUGUUGUGCAGCAAGCAACCAACUGCCUAGCUCAAAAAGAUACCUCUGCAGUCCCUGCCAACAGGUCAGCACUACAUGUCACACUCUCUACUUUUGGCUCAUCUGUUCAGGUUGCCACUAUGUCAUCUGAUGGUUCUGCGCUGACUGCUGCUUCAGUUUCCUCUGACGGUUCUCUGAUGCGCGCCACUUCAAUUGUGUCUGAUGGGUCAUCACUGCAUGCCACAGCCAUUAUAUCAAAUGGAUUAUCAUUGCAUGCCACAGCUGUCAGUACAGACAAGUCGUCUUUACAUGCAACAGCGAUCAGCUCUGAUCGGUCCUCUUUGCACACUACAGCUGUUAGGUGUGAAGGAUCAUCUCUGCAUGCCACAGCUAUCAAGGCUGCAGGUUCAACUCUUUCCGCUGCAGCAGUUACCUCUGAUGGUACGUUUCCAAGCACUGCUGUCGUUACCUCCAGUGAGUUAGCCAGUUGUCCAAAGCCAAUAAAUUCAGGCAGGAGGUCUCCAGAAGCAGAAGUUGGAGACUGUGAAGGGCCAUCCUCAAAUUUUGUCUCCAUUAAUCCUCAGGGCUCACUUCAGCCGGACUCUUUCACUAGCUGCAGCAAAUCAUCUCUGCAUCCUGGAGUCACCAGUUCGUGUACUAACAACUAACUGUGUACAUUUUAUUAGCAAAAACUUGUGGAUAAUUGAUUGUUGAGUCAGUAUUAUUUAGUGUCCAAUGCAGUUGAUAGUUCUAUCAACAUUUUAAGGUAUAUUUAUGAAAAGUAGUGAAGUGGCUUUCCUGUUAAAAUAUUACUGGCAUAUGGAGAAACUUGGUCUGUUCUUUCCCCCCUCCCCGUUAAAUAUAAUGCAGGCCAUUUCAAAUCAAUGCACAAAUUUGUUGGCCCGCAGUUCAGACAUUCAGCAAUAUAUAGUCAACAUUUAUGUACAAUAGGGGCAAAAGUUAAAAUGAAUACCCGUUUAUGAAGCAGAUGAUUGAGUGUUAAACUCUUCACUUACUUACAUAUGUCCUUACUUUAUUUAAAAUAGCUACUUAAUAAAACAUUUGCUCUGCAAUGGAGUGUCUGCCAAUAUAAACUUUCCCAACAAAUUUGAACUGUUUGGGGCUGGACUCAAAAGUCUGGUGCUCAUUUCUGAUAUAAGAGGAACAUUCUUCCAGGGGUACAGGGCAUUUUUUGUGAAAGGUCUCUGGUAGGUGUUUUACAGAGGCAUAUAUUGAAGACUCUUCAACCCUCUAAAUCAGCACACAUUUAGUAUUGUAAAUACAAUGACAUGAUUUUUAAGUUCAUGGGAAAAAAUAAUUCUGUUGAACAUCUUGUGCCGGCCGGAGUGUCCGUGCGGUUCUAGGCGCUACAGUCUGGAACCGGGCUGCUGCUAUGGUCACAGGUUCAAAUCCUGCCUCGGGCAUGGAUGUGUGUGAUGUCCUUAGGUUAGUUAGGUUCAAUUAGUUCUAAGUUCUAGGCGACUGAUGACCUCAGAAGUUAAGUCGCAUAGUGCUCAGAGCCAUUUGAACCAUUUGAACAUCUUGUGUUCUGCAUGUAAAUAUUUUUCAAGAAAUCUGAAAAAUAGUUAUGGAAAAUUGAAGACAACAUGCUGCACAAUGACUUAAUUUUGAUGAGUGGUGUUCUUUCCUCAUUCAGUAUUACAUUUUCCAUUAUAAGAUGAAUAUAAUUUCAUCACAGUCCACGAAUGUAGACAUUAUAUUGGUUUUUAUUAAGUGUCUGCAUGGAAUAACUAGCUAGAAAACCUAAAAAAAAGUCUGUGGUGUAAAUUUUUACUGAGAUCUACACAUUGUAGCAUCCGUGUUAGUACAUGACAAUGUGAGUGUUAAUAUGAUUGUACCAACCAUAAUUGUGUGUUGAAACUGAAACAGCAAUGUGUGUUCUAUUUACUGCCUGUAUGCUGGUUGUCAUUAUUUAAAGUCACAGUGAAACGGGAGAUAUAAGAGGGACCACAAAGUGUGUUGAUGCAGUUGUUCUCACCUGCUAUUGUUACUAUAAAUCUUCCUUCUUGUUCCUGUGAAAGACACAAUUAUGUCUCCUUUUUGACUGCAUUUUAUUAAUCAUUUUACAUAAUGUAAAUAAUUUAUUAAGGUGCUUAUGUUGUGUGUGUUAAGGUGUUUAUGUUUUAUGUGGUCUAGAGAAAUAAAAUUAGUUUCAUCGUA